GCACCCGAAUUGUGAUGGGGACGCUGCAAUGGCCGCAACUUUGAGAAGCGGUUGUAAGUCUAGUUUUUCAGCACCAUCGUAAGUUUGAAUGGUUGCUGAACAAGUGGUCAGUAAGCGAUGACUACCUGUAGUAACAACAUAAUGUGAAUUUCAUUUUAUAGCAUGUAGUAAGAUGAGAACACAGUGGAAUGACGUGUUUCUUUUCAAUGUAUUUUCUUUUGUCCAUUACAACUGGUAUUAAAAUGUAUUGCCCUUAAUACUUAUUUAACUGUAUUUGUGGGAAAAUAAUGCAUUUUUAUAAAACAAAUAUAGGAUCUUUUACCAUAGCACAAAAAUCAAAUAAAAUAGCCUAUGCUUUGUUGAUAAAUGGUUACAUUGAAAAAAAACCCCUUCCAUUUCCUUUCUUCCUUCAUACAAUGAAAAUCAAUCAACACUAUUGAAAAAGUAGUUUUCUCUGCCUCUGUCAUUGCAGUAUAAAGUAUAAUUAUUGGUGAUUGUACAUUUUGACCGUUUAUGUGGCUUAAACAUAUUUGUAUUAUUGUUACUAUAAAAAUGAUAAAAUUGAAACCAGAGUUGUAGGUGAAAGUUUUUGAAAGAGUAAAAUUAUCUAUUUUACUCUUUCAAAAUAUGAAAAAGUGUUAUGAGUAUUUUAAGUUUAUUAUUAUGUAUGAAAGAAUUGGCUAUCUUAAACAUUUGUUUCAACUUCUCUUGAGGUUAGCUUUCUACAGCUAGAGCUCCCUCUGCUGUGACGUUUGUCUUACUGCAUUAAACCAAAAUGCCAGUUCCUCUUAGCCUACCUUAUCCUAAAGGACUAUUGCAAGAAUAAAACAUUCAGGACAUUUUGUAUGCUGCCUUCCAUUCUUGAAGGAAAAGAACUCGGAUCAAAACCUAUAUUGGAAAAAUAUGGAUUUCCUGCAGCUGGAACUCAGAUCAGAUAUUAUACCAAUCAUGCUCUCUCUUAUGAUCAGGCAAAACGAGUACCUAGAUGGGUGAUUGAACAUAUUUCCAAAUACAAAACUUCAGGCAGUGCAGACAGAAAACAUUGUAAAUUUAAACCAGAUCCUAAUAUCCCUUCAAUGUUCAGUGCCAUGAAUGAAGAUUACAUCGGCAGUGGCUGGUCACGAGGUCAUAUGGCACCAGCAGGAAACAACAAAUAUUCACCAGAAGCCAUGGCAGAAACAUUUUAUCUAUCCAACAUUGUACCUCAGAACUAUGAGAAUAAUGCUGGUUUCUGGAAUAGAGUGGAGAUGUAUUGCCGGGACCUGACUGAAAGAUUUGAAGAUGUCUGGGUUGUUUCAGGACCCUUGAUGUUACCUCAGUUGGAUGAAGAUGGGAAGAAGAAAGUUGUCUAUCAGGUAAUUGGAACAGAUGAUGUGGCUGUACCUUCUCAUCUGUACAAAGUAAUUCUUGCCAGACGAAGUGACGUACUCAAAGAUCCUCUGGUACUUGGAGCCUUCGUGAUACCUAACAACCCUGUUGGCUUUGACCAUCAGCUCCAAGAAUUCCAAGUUGGCAUUGAAGACCUAGAGAAAAUGUCUGGUCUUAUUUUCUUCCCAGAAUUGGAUAAAGCCGAAGAUGUUAGAAAUAUCUGUGAGGUUGAUACUUGUAAGCUAAUGAGCCUGGAAGAAUUUACUUUAUAUGUCACAACUCGGAAACUACAGAGUGCAAGGACAUUGGAAAGGUUGGGGAAAAUCAUGUCUGAGUUGCAUGAAAAAGGAAUUGAACCUGAUGAAUAUCUCUUAAAGGUUUAUAACAAGAAGAAGGAAGAAUUAGCUGUACAAACCCCAGCAGAAGUUAGAGAAAGAAAAGUUGGUUGAUUUAAAAAAAAAAAAAAGUUUGGUGUUAUAUUUUCAGAGAUAUCGUAGCUGUUAAGAAAGCUUUCAUAACAAUUCGCUUUGGUUCUGCUCCAGUGAUAAAGGUGUAGAACUUUACUAUGUGAAAUUGAAACAUUCCCAGUGCUGCAGGUUGAUAGUAGUGCUUUCCUAAGUUAGCCAUCAGAUAUUCAAUUUAUUUGGGAUUCUUUCAUGAAAUACUAGAAAAAAAAAUACUCGGGAUAUAAGCAGGGUUUUUUCAAUGUUAUCUGCUUUUCUAAUAGGCUUGUUUUAGAAGUGUUUUAUUCUAUCCUGUUAAGAUUAUAUCAUUGAUUUUAAUUGGAUGUUCUUAAGAAAUUCAGUAAUACCCUUCUAUUAUUUUCUCCCCCCCUCCUCCCCCCCCCCAUUCAGCUGCUUUCUUCAUGGGAAUUUGAUGAAACCCACAUUUCUAAUUCUUUAAAAUC